UAUAGUGAAUGCAGGGUCCGGGGAGACCGGAUAUAGUGAAUGCAGGGUCCGGGGAGACCGGAUAUAGUGAAUGCAGGGUCCAGGGAGAGCAGAUAUAGUGAAUGCAGGGUCCGGGGAGACCGGAUAUAGUGAAUGCAGGGGUCCGGGGAGAUCAGAUAUAGUGAAUGCAGGGUCCGGGGAGACCGGAUAUAGUGAAUGCAGGGUCCGGGGAGACCGGAUAUAGUGAAUGCGGGGUCCGGGGAGAGCGGAUAUAGUGAAUGCAGGGUCCGGGAGACCAGAUAUAGUGAAUGCAGGGUCCGG